AAAAUAUCCAAGCUGACACCGAUUUGUUUAUGUUUAACGAUCCAGCCAGAGGCGGCGUAACGGAGCCGACGUGUCCGUAAAAGAACGCCCUUUUAAAGCUGUUUUCAAGUCCCAGCUGGAAGCGUCACCAAAGUUUAGAAAUCUGGAGAUUUACAGGUUGGUCGUCUGUGCCUCAGCACACGGAGCUACAAGGAGGAAACCCAGCAGGGUUCUGAUUCCGAUGCAUCAGCGGGAUUUGUCUCUGUUCUCGGUGACUCCAGCUGCCAGCCUGUUGUCCAGGUGUGUCUCAGUGGGAGCGCUGUCUCAGGAGGAAAUAGACUCCGCCUCCUGUGCUCCAGCGCUGGCCUUUUCCUCUCAUCUGCAGGAGGUUGAAGAGCAAAUCAGAAUGCAGAAACAGCUGGAUGAGAUGCAGCUGCGGCUGGAGCUUCUCAAGGUCGAUGAGCAGAGCGCCGACGUCGCCCACAACUUCCACCUUGCUCAGAGGUUCCAGAUGCUGCAGAUGCUCGGAGGCCACCUGCAGGAGCUGCUGAGGGAGCAGAAGAGUCUGAGACAGCGACUGAUGAGGCCGCUGGCUCUCACUAACCUGUCCAUCCAAGCUCACCUGCACAGGUUUGUGGUGGAGUCCCUGAAACUGAUGAUGGAUUUCAUUGAGACACUGGAGGAGAAGCUAAGCUCCGCCCACAGUAGGACCACUGCCAGAGACCGCCUGGCUCUGCUGGACUCCUCGCUUGCCCAUCUGCUGACUCAGGCCUCAGAAAUGGAGACUUUGUCCAAUCAGAUUCUUCAGUGGAAGACAGUGGGCAGCAGCAGUCAAGCAACCUCUGACCCCUGACCUUCAUUGUGUAUUGCAC